AUGUCCCGGCUGCAUUCAACUAUAUCCACUCCUAUGCCGUCGGCGCCUCAAGUUUCGGGACAGAAACCCUCUGGUGCAAGUGCAACCGUGUCUAACCCGGCAAUUCAUUCGAGUGAACUGCAGUUGACUGGAUCCCCGUCCAUCCUGUCAACAUCUUUGAGUUCAGCUCAAAGCCUGUCUGUUUCAGGCCCGUUAAGUAGCCCUCACGGUACCGUGCAUCGUACCAAGUCAACAAAACAUGGGACGCCCGUGUCUCCCUCGCUUUCCGGUCAGUUGACGCCUGCAACUCCCUCGUCACCAACGGGUAGUGUGACUACCUCUACAACUGCCCACUCGCCCAAGUCCCCGGCACCUACAGCAAUUUCAACUAGUUUGUCUGUUGGUGUCGUAGGACUCUUGCCUGGAGAACUUUCAGGCGGCCCUUCUCUCUCCGUUCUUCCAGACCCUGUGGAGACAACAAACAUUGCACAUUCGAAGCCAGCCGCCACUGGGAAUAUUCUCAACACUGGUAAACCUAGUGUUUCACUGCCGACAGGAUUAAGUACGACAGAUCCUUUCCCUGGAGAGUCGACAAGUCAUUUAAGCUCCAGUGCUCAAACACAGAAGAUGCCCCCGUCUUCCAAUGGAGAUAACUUUCCCACAGGAACUGCUACUACCAUAUCCGGCUCUGCGCAGAAGGAGCCUUCGUCUGUCAUCAGCAGUCGAUUGCCUAUAAGCAACAAACACACUGCUACAUCAGUAUCCGAUCCCGUUAUCGUGAUUGUAACUCCCGGACAGUCCACAUCCUGGACCAAUACCUGGUUGCGCGUUUCUGACAGCACAUCCACGUCGUCGCAGUCGUCGUCUGCCACCGCCACUACCUCCAGUCACGACACUCUUCGACCCUCCGGUACGAUUGCUAUCCCCGAAAUCCCAACCGGCCCCUCCAGGGAUCCCGAGACAUCCAACCUAGAGCCAACAGCGCCUCAUACGCAUAGUCGUCUCUCCAAAGGGACUGACACAGUCACGACAAUCCACGCCAUUUCCACGGUGACAAAAGUCGUUACUGUACCUGCCUCCGACGAGCCCGAGGCGCCUGCGCCUACAGAAACAAAAAACCCCCAAACCACCCAGGAAUCCAAGGCGACCGCAACACCAAACCAGACAGAAAAGGCCAGCGAUAUCCCUAACCCACCGCCCCCGUCCCGGAAGACAAAGCCCACGGCAGAGACAGGAGUACCCGCCACGGAACCCUCGAUCACUUCCGUCGCACAACCGACUGGCGCCAUUGACGAUGCCCUCCUUCGGGGUCUUCAAGUCGUGCCCGUGACGCCGCAGGGAUUCGUCACCGUCACCGAAACCAAGACGGAAACGACGACGAAGACGGAAACCGAGACCGAGACCGAGACCAAGACGGUCUAUAUUAACCCGACGUUUACUAUGACGGCUGAUUCGUGA